AUUCCCAACAAAACAUAGGUGGCGCUGCCAAAAACCGCCAUAUUGACGAAAAAAACCCACGAUGUCAACUGUCAGAAGGUGAAUGGUCAACAUCGACUGCCAAAAUUUUUUAAAAUGACUUACGAUUUACCAGGAGUUUCAUACAUGGCACUUUAUAUAGUGUCCAUGCAGAUAGUGAGUUCAAAUUCCAGAAGCUCCACAGGCUCAAAUCACUGGAAGCUCAGCACAGACGAAGGAAAAGUCAUUCAAAGUAGUGACCACUCGGAUGUGGAAACUGACGACUUGAUGAACAUUCUUACCAAUAAGGUAGUGGAGAACGGGGAAUGGCGUAUAAUAAAGAAGGCAGAGCAUUGUGGAAAACAUCGGUAUAAAGAUUGCGCAAAUGUUGAAGAUGAUCAGAAAAAGAAAAAGGUGCUGAGUUGUGGAAAGUCAGCAAACCAUACACAAUAUGACCACUUGAGGGGAAUAGCCAAUAGAAACGAACACGGCCACAUACCUGAACCAGAGGUAGCACUCAUCUUCAAGAAAAAGGGCAGCAAGAAUUCGCAUGUGGAUAUCAGUGAACUGGAAGAAAAGCUUAAAAAAAUGAAAAAAGAUGAUCCAAACUCAGCCCAUGUCUAUAACCAGAUUGGAAACUUUUGGAGAAUAAAAGGAAAUACACAGAACUCCAUCGAAUGCUUUAGAAAAGCAUUGUCGAUAUCUCCAAAUAAUCCAGAAGUCUUACUCAAUAUGGCACGAGUCUUGUUUAAUCUCCAAUAUUUAGAUGAUGCAAUAUUUCUAACACGACGUUCACUAGUCAUGCAGACUUCUACCCAGAAUACUUGGCUUCAGCAUUUUACAUUGGGGGAGAUACUGAAAGCAUAUGGACAUUACCAAGAGGCUGCACUGCAUUUUACACAUGCUCUUGACCUUAAUCCAGGUUUUCAGCCAGCUAAGGCACAUCUGAGAGAAAUGGAAGGAACUCCAAGUCCGACUGUCACACAGUAUACACUUUUCAUUAUCUUGUUUUUAGUAUUAGGGGUUAUUUUUGGCGUCAUCACUUCUAUAGAGGCUAGUUUUGAAGAUCCAGGUGAAGUGAAGACCCAGCGACAUUUUAACCGGGCCAUGGCUAUGAGAUCAAUCAAACUAGGCAUCAACCCCAGGAUUAUCCGCAUGAGAAAAAUGAAUUGUUAAACCUUUGUCCUCAAGAAUUAUGAUGGUUGUGGAAUUUUAUCAUUUUUUAUCAAAAAUGGUAUUAAAUGCAAUUCAUUUGAGCUCAGACAGUGAUUUUAACAUGUCUACAUGAAGUAAAAAGAAAUGUGAUAAAACACAUUGAUAAAUAUAUGCACUGUAGAUUGAAUUCUACUACUGUAAUGAACACCUAUUUUGUUUCCAUCAAUUUGAAGUUAGGGUAUUUGAUAUGUUCUUUUAUGUUAUGAAAUUCUGCGACACUGUGGACCAUCAAAUACUUCCAUCUUACUUUAUUCUCAAGAUUUUAUUCUAGCAUCCUAGUGCCAAAUUGUUGUUCAAUUAAUCUAAAUUGGUCACUUUACAGAUCAAAUUCAAUAAAGAAGCAAGAAACUGGA